CAAUGACUGGCUCAUCUCUUCGCGUCCCUGAAAAAAGCAUAUAUACAACUUAAAAUUGGGGUCGCAGCCCUGGCUUAACCGUGUCUGAUACGGCCAUCAAUUCAACUCGCCGCAAUACCAUCGCCAAUGGCCCAAGCUGCUGGAACAGCCGGUUUGUCAGUCGAUUCCAAGACCUCCAGUUCCUCUUUAGACCCCUCCUUGCGCCACUUCGCUGACCCCACGUUCGACCCCGUUGAUUUCCUAAACGAUUCUCUUCCUCCUCUCGCAAGGCAGUCCGAGACCCCCCGAGAUUCUCGUGCAGCUUCGGUAGCCGAUCUUUCCUCCCAAACCCAGUCACUUUUGUCCCAAUUAAGCGCGCAAAAUGCUAGACUAUCGAACACAUUGACGCAACUUACCGAUGAGAUACUGAGGAGUGGAGGACGACUGGCAUAUGAGGUGGAAGUAUUGCGUGGAGACACCAUAGGACUAUCAGAUACGUUGUCUGAAGUGUUACACGAUGAUAUCCAGAAAUUUGUUCCCGAGGGGCUACUUGCACGGCUAAGAAAUGAUGAACUAGAACAAGAGCCUCCCGUGGAGGAAUCGGCGGACCUAGAUUCAAAACCACAGCCUAGGAAAGCAGACACAGAUCCCGAAUACAUCCGUGACUUACGUACGCUAAGUCAGGUCAGGGCAAAACUUGAGGAUGUGAUUCACACUUUUGGAGAAGCAAUGGAGUGGCCAUUGCCUCCUUCAGAAGUAUCACUUGCUUCCUCAUUUAUCUCUGUCUCAGCUCCUGAACCCGGCCCUGAAAGCAACAGCCGUGAAGAAAAGGGCCGUGAAGUAGCAAGGAGACUGAAAAACGAAGUGGUAGAACUUCUUGACAGUAACGGUGGAGGCCAAGCUGGACUGGAAGCUGCUAGUCGACGCGUGGAAUCUUUGCGACAGCUGGCCGCCGUGUGGAAAGGCACUAUAGAGGAAAAAGCGCGACUAAAAUUCGUCGACAGCUUGGCUAAACUUGUGGAAGAAAGACGGAAGCUUCUUGAUAACCAAUCGAAAGCUAGGGAUAGCAAAAGCUCAAGGCAAAGAACUGAAUCGCCGGCUACAUUGAACAGGCAGUCCUCAGAUUACAAUAGAGGAGCCAGCCAAGAGAGCAGCGCUGGAGGUCUAUUUCGAAAUUUACAGCGGUUACGCGACGAGAUAUACCUUGAGUAGAAUUUCGAUGCGAUAAGGAGAUCUGAUAUCCUAUGAUUUCUGUAUGCUCUACGGAGUAUAACUUGCUCAAAAGAAUUCGUUGUUUCAUAGGGAUUGGACACAUAAAAACAGCGGCGUGGCUCCGAUGGGAACAGCAUCUAGCAGCUCUUGAGUAGCUACUUUAGGAGAACAUCCCUAUCGCUUCUUGUGAAAAGAAUGUCUGCCAAAAGAGCUCAUAUGUACUUUAUCGCGCAUAUUACAGGAGUCAUUUAAAUAGACCACCUAAAGCUCCAUCCUAGCCUGACCUUUAUCCAACCGCAGUUAAAGCAUAG